UUUAAACAACAAUCGAAGUCUACAAAAAUUAUGCCCGUUGAAGACAUUUUCCCCAUUCUACCCCAAGAGGUAGUGGAUUAUCUGUUGGAACAAAAGCAGCAGGAGCAACAGCUGAGCGAUGAGAAGAAAAAGCUCAAGGAGGGCAUGUUGAAGCUCGAGGAUCAGAUUAUGUUGCUCGACGGUCGCCAAGAUGAUGAGCUCUGCACGAUAACCUCGGCCAAUGUCUAUCAAAAGAGCAACGUUGGUAACGUACGCGACAUACUUGUUGUCCGCCUCUCCAAGUCAAUGGAUGAGUACCUCAAAGCUAAUCGCAAGCUGCUCAAACUGCACCGUCAAAUGCGAAAGGACAAAGAGAUUGUUUACAACAAGUGGGGAAACAGAUCCCGUGUUCAGCUGGUUUAGAACUUAUUUGAUAUUUCAAAAUUACUAAGAUGGAAAUUAAAUUGAUAGAAAUUAACAUAAAAUAGUAAUAAACAGACAUCGUUCAGAAA